AUGCCAGAAGAAUGUAGUAUGAUACUACAUCAAAAAACAAGGCGCCUAAAAUGUGGGAUUAACCACCCACAAGGAUCUGGAGCCUUACUUAAACUAGGCUGUGAAGUUUAUUUUUAUCUACUGCUUCCUAUUGAUCAAAAAACCUGUCCUUACUAUAUCUUUCUUUCACAAGGUGUUCAUCAACAUCCACCACCACCAUUAACCAAGACCCCAGCACGAAUCAUUCAGUGUCUUGAAAAAAUCAUUUUCAAUACCCUCACACCUGAUAUGACAACAUCCACAUUUUUGAAGUCCCCUGCUCUCCAGCAGUUCUGCCAUGAUAAUAAUGCAUUUACCUUAGCAGAUGUUCAUCAAAGUUUGAAUAACACUGAUCGGGUUACUGCUAUAAUUCAAAGACAGAAGCUUUUACAUUUUCCUGAAGGGCAGCACUAUAAUGGAGUUGCCUUUGAAAUGCAGAUCAAUCCUCAGAUCAAGGAAUAUAUUCAGGCAAAGUACCAAGAUGACAGUGAAUUUAUGUUAAUCUGUGCAUUGAAGGAGCAAUUAGAGCUCCUUUUAACACUCAAGUCAUUUGAGGUUGAUAUGUCUUAUAAGCGGCUCAAGGCUGCUAAAUUAAAUGAAGUUGUUUUUACAACUUAUUUACCAAAUCAUGGCAAAAUUAUUACCUUAGUUCGAGUGUUCACCAAUCAAGAGAGCCCAAUUGGAUACUAUCGACUCUUUAAAAGAGUCUUUCAAGUUAUUGCCAAUGUGACUGGACAAUCAGUUUGCUUCUGGCAUAUCCAUCAAGAAGGCUUUCAAGGAAUUAUUUGUGACAUGGAUAAUAAACAAACUAGUGGGCUUGGAAAGUACUUAUAUGAGCUUGAUCCUUCACGUACUACUGAAGAACAUCUUCGUAGUACUAUAGUCUUUUGCCAGGUCCACUUUCAUCGAAAUAUUGUCAAGGCUGUUGGAAAUCAUCCCAAUCAGCAGGGAGUCCGUCAAAGAAUGGCAGGUUUAUUAACCUGUAAAUGUAUGGACGACUAUUACAAAUUACUUGAUUUAUUGCAAGCACAUGAGACUGAUAAUGCUGAUAAUGUCUUCCACUGGGCACAACACAAGCGAGAUCCAGUAAUUGCAGCUGGGUUAAAUAAGCACUGCUCAUUAAUUCCAUCUGAACAUUGGGAUUUUAUCCGAAACUCAACCAAUACUGCAGAGCAAACUCAUAAUAAAUCCUAUGCCUUUGGAAGACAGCAAUUACUACUGCCUGCAGUAAAAAGUGCCUGGAUUCUUGAUAAGCGAGAUAUUCAACAGUAUCUUGGACGUGAAACCUUCAGUAUAUUUCAUGCCAAUCGGACAACUAAUAUGGAAACCCAUUAUUUGCGUCAUAUGCAACGGGAUUUCUCCCGCAAGCGACAACACUCAUUCAGUUCACCUACUAUGGAUGAUGAUAAUAUUCAAUUACCAAGCACUUCUGGUAUAAUACCACCAUCUUUAAGGAAUGAACAAUCAUCACCUUCAGUAAGACAAUCUUCAAUUCGUGAACGAUCAUGGUCAAGGCAAUCCUCAAGCCGUGGAAGAACUCCAACCCGGUCCUCUUCCUCAGCACUUCGACGGGUUGCUUCUGCAAAUAUAGAAGUUCAACAGGCUCAACUUGAUAUUGAAAAGGAAAAAGUUGAGAUUGAAAGAGAAAGAUUGAAGCUUGAACAAGAACGGGUAAAGCUUGCAAGAGAACAGGCUGAGGUUCGACAACUUGAAUUGCAGAAUUUAGAACGGGAGAGAGAAUUAUACAAAAAAUAG